UGGCACGCUUUUUCCGUUCCUGGCCUAACCUUAGUAUAUUAAAGAACCUUGACAUCAGCCAUAUUUUCCUUAUCUUCGACUCCAAAGAAUAAAAUACAAAUGAAAACUAAUAAAUUUUCUGAAAUUUUAUGGUUAUCUUCCAGCCAUUUCAAAGGGUUUCUUCAUACAGUUAGAGGAAGAAGUAGAACUUCUCAUCUUUUAUUAAUAUUUGUUGUUUUCUUAUAAGCGAGAACGAACAAGCGGAAGGAAAAAGUGUUAGAUUGCUUUUAAAUGUCGUCGAGAGUAGAACUGUUACCUAUUGAUGAAGAAGGCCGAUCUCGCUUAAGCAAGCCAAACCUAUACGGAUCUCAAGGCCUUCUAAUGACUGAUUCCAAUGUGCCUCAUCCGCAACCUGACUAUAUCCCUGAAAAUCUAGAUACUGAUCAUGCCCAGAAAUUUGCUGGCAUUGGACUUGAAAUUGCAAGUACGGUGAUUGGGAGUUUAAUAUCUCAUCCAUGCAUUGUACUCCGAAGGCAGUGUCAGGUGAACAGGAAGGCAGCUAGAUAUCAUCUGAGUCCCUUUACUCUUGUGCCUGUUGUAAUAAGGUUACAAAGCAGACAGGGUCUAAAAUGUCUGUGGAAAGGGUGUAGUGGUAUUUUCAUACUGCGUGGAUGUUCUGUGGCUCUGGAAACGUUCAUCGCUGAGUUAACACCUUUUCCUCGGGAAGUAUCUUCAAACAACUCUUUGAAACAAUUAGCUCAACAUCUGUUAUUGAAACUCAUUACAUAUGGAUUUCUAACACCAUUUUAUUGUGCAAGUCUUGUUGAAACAGUGCAGAGUGACAUUGCGAGUGAAAAACCUGGUGUUCUUGACUGCAUAAAGGAAGGGUUUUGUCGCCUGUUCAGAGUAGGAACACCACAUUCCACACGUUUGCUUCCAAUGUGGCAGCUGGUAGGACCUACGGCUUUAUAUGGAGUUUCUUUCUAUGUUCUUUCUUCAUUAGUUCGAUCUGUCUUUCAGUGGUUUCAUUCAAUGAAAUUGUUAAAUCAGCAUAAACAGAAUUCUCAAGCCAACCAAAGUUCUGCUGUAAAUUAUCUGGACAAUUUAUCUACAGUACAUUUUGGUUCUCUUGUUGCUAGUAUAAUGCUUUAUCCUGGCGAAACAUUACUUCAUAGGUUGUAUCUUCAAGGAACAAGAACUAUAAUUGAUAAUUUAGAUUCUGGAACUUCUGUGCUUCCAGUAAUAACAAAGUAUGAAGGUGUAGUGGAUUGCUUUCAUACAAUUGUGGCUGAAGAAGGAGCAGCGGGACUUUAUAAAGGCUUUGGUGCUCUUUUAUUGGAAUAUGCCUUUCAGGCUCUCAUUUUAAAAAUAGCUAGAAUUACACUAAAUGAAAUUGAACAACUUUUUCGUGCAUCAGCUGGUAAAAAAACUUGAAUUUAAAUUUUAUUCCAUUCGUUAAUUAUGGGUCGCAAAUAAAUAAUAUCCUCUGUCAGUGUUUAUUUAUAAGAAUAUUAUUUCAGUGUAUCAGAUUAUUUAUAAGAAUGUUAUUUCCUUAGUUCAUCAUAAAAUACAGUAGAAUAUGUAAUGAAUAAAAUCUUUCGCGCAUUAUGUAUUUCACAAAAAUAUUAUAUCUCUAAAAGAUUAUUUUUAGGUAGUCAUUAUGAUUUUUCUUGAAAUUUUAUGCUAAAAAAUAUGUGCAUGUAUAAUCAUUAAGUGCAUAUUAAUAUUUGUAUGUUGUAACUGGAUUACGAUGAUUAUAAACUGACUAGUUGUGUCUGCUAUGUAAUAUAUUGUAUUAUAAUUAUUGUUUUUGAAUUUAUACAUACGUGUAUAAAAUUAUUGUUACUAAUUAUAUUGUAAUUUAUAUCAUAUGUCUGAGUAUAUGAAUAAGUGAUUUUUAAAUUUAAUGCUUAUUAAAUUUAAAAAGUGUACAGAGAUAAAAUUUGAACUAAACUAAAAAAAUAGUCUUUUGUGUUUUAGCAUUCAUUUGUGUAUAAAAUAUUUAAUAAGAAAGGCUCUGUACUUAUGUUUCAUAUUUGCGUGCAGUCUGUUUUCCAGAAUAUGUAUUUUCAGUGUAUAUGUGUAGAUGUUAAGACUGUUUAGAUGCUGGCACAAAUUUUUAUAUUUAUCAUGUAUGUUACAUUAAUUUGAACCAAUUUAAGAAUUAUUUUUUUUUCUGUAAUAGAUCCUUUAUUAAAUUAAUAUUUUAAAAAAACCUAAUAAUAAUUGCUACAUAACUGGUAAUUGAUAAUUGCUACAGAAACUUCACCAUUUAUUCUAGGCUGGUCCAUUUAUGUUUUGUUCCUUAACCUAUAGAUUUUUUUUUUAAAUUGUAAAAGACACAUCUUGCUGAAAAGUAAUCAAAACAGUUUUUGUCAGUGUUAUCCUGUGUUAAAAUAUUCAAAUAAAAAUCAUUAUUAUAAUUU